AUGCUAUUACUAGUAGUUGUGGAAAAAUAUAGUGAUGGUGCACCUGGUGAAGUGGAAAUAACAACAGAGACACCUACUCCUGAUAUUGAAGAUUUGUCAAAAGACCCUACAGAGACCAAGACUGGUACUGAGGUGGCCCAGAUGGACGUUGUGGGAAAAUAUAGUGAUGCAACAUCUGCUGAAGUGGAAAUAACAACAGAGAUACCUACACCAGAUAUAGAAGAGUUGGCCAAAGACCGUACAGAGGUGGCCCAGAAAGAUGGAACAGAUCAACAGCUUGAAUCUUUAGAGGCAGAUGAACCAAAUAAACAAGCAGAACCCAAAGUAGAAGAAGUACCAAAAGAAAAGGAAGAUAAAGAAGAUGGCAGACUCAAACUAAAAGAAGAAAGCCCAAAAUUAGUAGGAGGAUCGAAAUUAGAUGAAGAACCCAAGCUAGAGGAAGAUCCCAGAGAAGGUAAACAAACACAACUAAAAGAAGAACCUAAACUAGAACAGGAUCCUCAACUGGAAGGAGAACCCAAGCUGGAAGGAGAACCCAAGCUGGAAGGAGAACCCAAACUGGAAGGAGAACCCAAACUGGAAGGAGAACCCAAACUGGAAGGAGAACCCAAACUGGAAGGAGAACCCAAACUGGAAGGGGAACCCAAACUGGAAGGGGAACUCAAUCCAGAAGAGAACCCCAAAGUAGAGGAACCCAGUCCAGAAGAAGAACCUAAGGUAGAAGAAGAAACAAAACUAGAAGAAGAACCCAAUCAAGAUGGACAAAACAAACAAGAAGACGAACCCAAACAAGAUGAUGAAAUCAAACUAGAAGAUGAAAUCAAACUAGAAGAUGAACCCAAACAAGAAGAUAAAAUCCCAAGCAACUUCUUCUAUGAUUAUGAGGACAUCUGCUCCAAGCCAUUUGUGACACCUAACACUGGAAUUCCAGACCGGGUUCUACAUCUAUUACAUUCCUUUGGCUAUGACUGCACCAAACGUGCUAAUCUUCACUUGCUGGAUGACCAAACCUUGCUGUAUAUUGCUGGUGCUACAACUGUUAUACUUAAGGCUAAGACACAAGAGCAGAUAUACCUGAGGAGCAGCACUGGAGGAGGAAUUGGUGCCAUCACAGUACAUCCUAGCAGAAGAUAUUUUGCAGUAGCAGAAAAGGGAAACAAUCCAAAUAUUAUCAUAUAUGAAUACCCAUCAUUAAAGCCCUACCGGAUACUGAGGGGAGGUACAGAGCAAGCCUAUGCCUCUGUAGACUUUAACGGGUCAGGAACACUUUUGGCAAGCAUGGGAAGCAGCCCAGAUUAUAUGAUGACUAUCUGGGACUGGCAGCAGGAGAAGAUUAUGUUACGCUCUAAAGCUUUCUCACAGGACGUAUUCCAAGUCACCUUCUCUCCAGAAAAUGAGGAACAGCUCACGACCUGUGGAUCAGGGCACAUCAAGUUUUGGAAGACGGCUCAUACAUUUACUGGCCUAAAGCUACAGGGAGAAUUGGGAAGAUUUGGAAAAACAUCACUUACUGACAUUGAAGGUUAUGUUCAACUUCCGGACGGGAAGGUUAUAUCUGGCUCAGAAUGGGGUAACAUGUUGCUUUGGGAAGGGGGACUCAUCAAGGUGGAGCUCUGCCGAAGAGGGCGCCGAUCCUGCCACAGCGGACCCAUUAACCAGUUUGUGCUGGAUGAAGGAGAGCUGAUCACCAUAGGAGCAGACGGCUUUGUCAGGGUUUGGGACUUUGAGACUGUGGAUACGGCAGACACUAUUGAUGAUACAGGACUUCUUGAGAUGGAGCCUAUGAAUGAACUGCAUGUUGGGAAGAAUGUGAACCUACGUUUUAUGGUGAAGAUGAGAGAAUCCGAGAUUCCAAUAUGGUUUGCUCAGGAUGCAAACGGAGCUAUAUGGAAACUGGACCUCUCAUUUUCAAAUAUUACUCAAGACCCAGAGUGCUUGUUCUCUUUCCAUGCUGGAAGGAUCAAAGCCCUAGAUGCAUCUCCUUCUUACUACCUGAUGGCCACCACCUCGCUUGAUCGAUCAGUCCGGCUAUAUGACUUCAGUGGGAAAUCUCCAUUGGCUGAAAUGAAAUUCAAACAAGGAGGCACAUCUCUGGCAUGGGCUCCUCGUAUGGUCAAUCCUAAAGGUGGUCUGUUCGCUGUUGGCUUUGAGGAUGGAGUUGUGCGCAUCCUGGAAGUAUAUAACCCCCACAGGUUCAAGCUUAUUGCUGGGCGCACUGGCACACAAAGUGCAGAGAUAAAUUUGAAACAGGCGUUCAAACCACACACAGCACCUGUCACAGCUCUGGCCUAUGAGCGCAAUGGGGAGAUGCUCGCCACAGGGAGUGAUGACCGCACCGUGUUCUUCUUCGCUGUUGGAGAUAAAUAUGAACCCAUCGGGUUUGUUCGUGUUCCAGAUGCAGUGAGAGAGCUACACUGGUCCCCUCCAUCUCAUGAGCAAAACACACUGAUGGUGAUCUGUGAGAACGGAUAUGUGGUUCAGAUCUCUGCGCCUGCACCUCGGAAGCAAGAUCCAGCCUUAACCUAUCAGAUACCUGAUAUUCAGCUUCAGUAUUUCCGGUUCAGCAGCAUCAAAUCCAAGCUUGAGAGGGAAGAGGAGAUGGCCCGCAGACAGCAGGUGCGAGAGCGGAAACAGAAGGAACAAGAAGCCUGGAUAAAGCAACAGAAGGAGAAGGGAAUCGAAGUGACAGAGGAAGAAGUACUGGAUAGAUUUGCAGAGGAGGAGGAAAAAAUGCCGCCACUGUAUGUCCCAGAAGAACCCAGCCGUAUCCUUUGUGGUUUUUACGCUACACCUGGAAAAUUCUGGCUUUCUAUGGACGGCUACGAUUCGGGAUUCUUCUAUCUCUGUACAUUUUCAGAUAGCAAGGACCAGACAUAUGACCCUUCCUCGAGAAUGGAUGAACCUUUAACUGCUUUGCCCCUUGAAGACACUAGCGACAACCCUAUCCAUAAAAUACAGUUCAGCUCCAACAAACAGCUGCUCUUCUGUGGGAUGCAGGACGGAUCAGUGAGGGUCUACCCUCUGCAGGCCAAUGAUCCUUUACUGGAGUCCCUACAUGGCUACUGGUCUCUGGGUGUCCAUGAUAACCAAUAUGGGAGUAUCCAGGCCAUCUGCUGCAGCUACGACAACCAGUACUUGGUGACCUGUGGAGCUGAUAGCAACAUCUUCAGCUUCAGCAUCCUCACCAUGGAAGAUAUUGAGCGUGACCUGAAAGUGAAGAAAACCAAAGUGCCGUCUCCAAGGAAAGAUCUGGAAGAUGAAAAGCCUGCAGAAGACAUCGAAGAUCCAAAUACUUACAGUAUUGAGACGGCCAAGCAGAAACUGCAGCACGACCUUCUAAUGAAACAAGCAGAGGAGAAGAAGGAGCAGAAGAAACAGGAGCUGAAGCGGCUAAGGAAGACGUUCCGGCUAUUGCUGAAAGAGAAUAUGGAGCUUCCGUCUCACAUGCAGCUAGGAAGACCAGAGUUUGAGAUGGAUCAUAGAAUUCGAGAGGAGAUGGAGAGACAAACUUCUGAGAGAAUCCGCACAGUGAUGAAGGAACUGGCCUGGGAACAGGAAAAACACAGGAUUGGGCUGGAAAAACUGCAUUCUCGGUUUCGGGAUAAUAUUGAAUGUGACACAGUCACCGUUCACGCAAUCAACAGUGAGCACCAAGUGUCUACAUAUAGGCUGUUAGCUCUGUCUGAGAAAUACUACAGGGUGAGGAUGAUGUUUUCCAAGAGAAGACCAACUCAGUAUGAACUGCGCUUGCAAGAAGAAGGUGCGGUCAAAGAGGUUCGUCAGGCAGGCGCAGCAGAAUCAAGCACAGGAGAGGCAAAGUCUCUGGGUGCCAUAAUGCCCGGCCUUAAACAGAAGCCGCAGCCAGUGGAGAAGCAAAAAGAUGGUUGGCGAGCAGAAAGAAUGAGGAAAAUCGUAGAGAAGGCGAAUAAAGCUAAAUCCAAAUUUGCAAGGAGGAAGCAGGAAUGGGAGGAACUAUACAAUGCAAAGCCCAGCGAUGACUAUGAGGACCCGCAGGAUGUUCUGGCAAUCCAAAAUGCCAAGAAUAAUAUGGGCGACUACCAGCUGAAGACAUCAAAAGAUUACACUGUUCCUGAACACCUACGUAUCAAUGCAGAGAAAAAGAGAAAUGAGCUGGCGCAGCUGGAGGGCUUGAUUCAUGAGCAGAAAUCUUCCAUGAACCGCUCGAUCCUCUCACUGAGAGACUUCAAGUUGGAGAUCAUAGAAGAGAUCCGGCGAUUAGUACAAGAGUUGGCCUUUGUUCAGUCCCUGUUAGAUUCAUCCAAACGCCUCCCUGUUCCCCCAGUUCCAGUAAUGCACCCUGAUGAGACCCCUGAGAAGAGGUUUCAGUACGACAAUGACACACUCAAAAGAUAUAAACUUGAGCAGGAGAGCAAGGUUAAGGUGUCAGAUGUGUCAAGGGAGAGUGGUUUUGGCGGGUUUGAGAGCUUUGAAGGUGGACAAACUGUUCAUGGGAAACAAACUGGGUCACAUUCCAGAUCUACAAGCUCAAUGUCCAUUCACACAAGAACUUCUAGUGUAUUUGGCUUUUCUCCUGUGGAUGACGCUGAGAAGUCUGACCUGGAAAAGGAAGUUAUGCAGAGAGAGGAGAUCAGGAACCUAUACACUCAGGAGAGCCUCAUCACAAAGAUAAAGGAACUGACGACUAAAUUUGAUGCAGAGCUUCGGCUUCUGCGACACCAGAAGAUAACGUUAGAUGUGCAGAUGAAGAUGGGGGACCUGCGGCACAUCACUCUCUUUGAGGAGUUGCUUCUCCUGAAAGAUUUUGAGAAACUGGAGGAAAGCUUGCAGGAGAAAGUCAGCAGCCGCUUGGCUGAGAAAAAGGAGAUAAAGAGGAAGACUGAAGAUUACCAGCAGCAAAUGGAGACCAAGAAACGAGAAAUAGCAAAGUUGCAGGAGAAAGAGAAAGCUUUGCACUUAGCCUUCCUGACAUCUCUCGGGGAAAACAAUAAAUUGACCUCAUUUCUCACUAAAGUGUUUAAAAAGAAGAUCAAGCGUGUUAAGAAAGAAGUGCUGGGAAAUGAAGAUGAAGAGGAGGAGAGCGAUGACGAGUCAGUUGGUUAUUCUACUUGGGAUGGCACUGAAAAUGAGUCGGUUUCUGAGGACGGUGUCUUUGAUGAUUCUAUUUGCCCACCUAACUGUGACCCUACAGUAUUCGAGAACACCCUACAGCUACGUGAAAAGCGCCUGGAUGUUGAAGAGGCGUUGAGUGAAGAGAAGAAGGUUGUGGAUGGUCUGAAAAAGGAGUAUGAUACUUUAAUUAAAAAGGCUAAAAUUGUGGAAUACAACCUGAACAUAGCUGAGACGGAGUUGGAUUCCUUUCAGAGGGAGAAGCAGCAGAAACUGAAUGAGCUUCAUGUUGUAGUGCCUCUGAAACUGCACCAGGUGGAUUUCAUGGUAAAUGGAGACAUCCCACCUGACCUCUCCAAUGCCCUUGUUUUUACAAACCGCUCUCUGGAGGGCUUGCAUCAGAGGAUCAGAGAGUUGCAGCUAGAGAAGAUAGAGAAGAGAGACCUUUACAAGCAGGCCCGGGAGCUACACAAGCAGCUUAUUCGUGACAAGAAGGAGAUGGAAAAGAAAAUCCGCAUACUGGAGGAGCAGUGUCACCAGCAGAUGAUGAUGAAGUUUGGUCGAGUGGUGGAUCUGGAGGCCAUGCAGACGCUGAGUGUAAAUACCACCCUCGAGGAGCUGAAGGGUAAAUCUGCAGAAAGGGCAAAAAAGCUGGACAAGGAGAUUGAAGAGUGGGAGGCCAAGAUGAUUGACAUGAAAAAGAGUCUGAUGGAGGUGACCAGAGAGCAAACGCGGAAGCUGGAGAGGAUGAACCAGCUGCUCACAGAAAAGAAGGCUCUGGAAGCAAAACUUGAUGCUCGACAAACAAUUGUGGGAGAAGAAUUCCAUGGUCCAAAAAAAGCUGAUGUGAAGGAGAGACAAAAGCUGUUCCAGUUGGUUGAGAUGCAAUUAGAAGAGAUUGAUCGACUGAAAGAGGAAAUUUCUUUGUUGAGCAAGAAAGGCGGCAGCAUUCUGCCACCCGCCCAGCCUCCGAUCUCACACACUAGUGGGGCUGUAGCGUGAUUAAGAUCCUUGUAUGUCACCCAUAACCUGAAUAGUCAAAUAACAAAUAUCAGACUAAGAAUAUUGUAUGACAAGUCAGUAUCAAUGGUCCUACAUGGUUAACAAAUGCCUACAAUUUAUCCCGGUAUUCGUUACUCUUUAGUUAAUUAAUGAACCUGAACUAUUGAUUUAGGCUGGUUAGCUUACAUAGGUCUUCAGGCUUAUAUUCCAAGAUUUACCAAGGUACCAAAUAUAAGUUGAAUUAUUGACUAAAAUAUUUUCUUUUAAAUUAAAUAAUAUAUUUCUUAUAAUGAUUUGUUAAUGCUUGUGUACGAAAAAACAGCUUAUUAACAAUCUCUGCAAAGAUAUAUUAUAGUACGACUGUGCAGAUUGUUAAAAAAUGUAAAAUGCCACUAUGGUGAAAUGCGUCAGUGUCAUCCUCACUUUGUUUUUAGUAAUACAGUGUCUUAAUGUACCUAUUCAUAGGCUAAGUACACUUUUUAUAUGCAGUUGUGCAAAAAAGAAAAAAAAAACGGCAGCACAUGUAACAGGCACAAAAAAGUUAAAAAGUAACUUUUUAUCCAUCAAAUUAAGAAAAUACAUAGAGGCAACAAACCCAUAAUUCCUAUGAUUAAGUUCCAAGUGUAGGCACGAAACGCGUAAGGAUCUAUGGGUUCUUUGCCUCUAUGUAUUUUUUUAAUUUGAUGGAUUAAAAGUUACUUUUCUUUCCAAUGGCAUGGAGAGCCCAUGAGUCCAUUCAAUUUCUUUUAGGAAAAUCACCUCCUGGCCACCAGGAGGAGGCAAAGAACACCCCAGCCAGAGCUCAAGUACUCUCCCACUACCCAUA